AUGUUCCGUCGGGCAGCCACUGUUCUUGGCCGUAUUGCAACUGGUGCUGCUGGAGUCCAAAUUGGAGCUGCAGCUGCUGUCGCUCUUACCGAUAAGGAACUUUCCAAAAAGCCUGACUGGUACCAAAUUGCCGUCAAGAGCCUUGAAGAUGCUUUGAAGGCUACUAGCAAGAAAGGUUUCAUCGAGUCCCCCUCUGUAUUACAAGAAGCUGAAGAAGCUCUUUCCAAGAUAUCUGACGAGCACAACACUGAAAUCCAAUGGAGAUUUGCCCGUAUUCUGAUCGAAAAGGCUGAUCUCACUAAAGAUCCCAAAGAGAAGGCUCAUUUGCUUCAUGAGGCUAAGGAGCAUGUGAAGAAAGCUUUGGCUGUUGAGCCCGCUAAGGGGUCCGCUGGUGUACACAAAUGGUUCGCCAUUCUUCUUUCUCGUCUUGACGCUGUUGAAAAAUCUAAUCAUGGAGAAGAUAUUAUUAAACAUCUCGAGAAAUCUGUCUCCCUCGACAACACUGAUCCUUAUGCAUUCCAUCUUCUUGGAGUUGCCCAAUAUAACAACAAGGAUCAUAAGAAAGCUCUGGAGAACUUUGCCAAGGCUGAAGAAAUCAGACGUGACUUCUCUGCUAACAACCACUACUACAGCGGUCUUGCACUUAAGGCUUCUGGAAAGAAAGAUGAUGCCAUCAAGUCUUUCAAACAAUCAGUUCAAACUCUUCCAAGAAACUCUGCUGACGAGAAGGCCCGCUCAUUGUCUAAGGGUGCUCUUGCCAGCUUGGGAUUGAAGCCAGAAGAGAUCAACGGAGAUGAUUUGUAA